GUUUGACCAUCCAAACUCAUCUUUAUCAGUAUGGCGGAAGAAUUACAAACAGCCAAAGAUCAGCUAGCCUAUGUCAAUCUCUCGCUGGACUCUGAUCCCACGAACGAUGAUUUGCUGAAGCUCAAGGCAGAAUUACUCGAACUCAUCGAUCUCACCGAAGCAGCGUUAGGAGGUUCAGGAGGAGCUGGUGCGUCAGGGCCCAAAAGCGGGACGGAUGCUGGGAAAGGCAAAGGCAAAGCCAAGGACGCCCCGACCAAUUGGCAGGAUCUAGGUCCCUAUAAGGCAGGUAUGGACUGUAUGGCAAAGUACAAAGAUGGCAAAUUCUACCCAGCCAAGAUCAACGCCGUCACUGGAUCUCAGGACAAACCGAUAUACACGAUCACCUUCAAAGGCUACUCUUCCUCUACAUCCGUUGACCUCGCCUCUUUAAAACCUCACGAUCCUAGUGCUCCCAUUCCUCGUCCGGAAAAGCGACGCCCUGACCAGUUGUCCGAAAGGGAAAAGGAGAAGAAAAAGAAGAAGGGUGAAAAGUGGAUGGAGACUCAGCAAGCCAAAGCUGACGAUAUGAAGGAGAAGAAGACUGCUUGGGACAAAUUUGGGAAGAAGGCUCAGAAGAAGGGUAUUCACAUUUCUGGGCUCGAAGGGAAAUCUGUGUUCAGAACGCCUGACAAUCCAUUUGGUCGAGUCGGUGUCACUGGCUCUGGAAAAGGAGUCACCGAAUACGAGAGAAUGGGCAAACACAAAUUCGACACCAAAGACGAUGAAUGAGCAUAUUCGUUUUCUCCAUUGCACAUGGUCAUGCUCUCACUUGUAUCGCAGAUAUCGAGACCGCGAGAAUUCCCGCGCCCGGCCAGACUAUCGGAGGAUAACGGGAUGUAUAGCUGUAGACAGUAAGGAGGUAUGCGCGGCCGGUGAGUCACGAGUACACUGCGAUCGCAUACGUCU